AUCAAGCACCUAGGCAUGCAGACUGCUUCUACAAACAUUUGUGAAAGAAUGGGUCGCUCUCAGGAGCUCAGUGAAUUCAAGCAUGGUACCGUGAUAGGUUGCCACGUGUGCAAUAAGUCCAUAUGUAACAUUUCAUUGCUACUAAAUAUUCCACAGUCAACUGUUAGUGGUGUUAUAACAAAGUGGAAGCAACCGGGAACAACAGCAACUCAGCCACAAAGUGGUAGGACACAUAAUAUGACAGAGCGGGGUCACCGCAUGCUGAAGCGCACACUGCACAGAAGUCACCAACUGUCUGCAGCAUCAAUAGCUUAAGACUUCCAAACUUUGUGCGGCCUUCAAAUUAGCACAGCAGUGCAUAGAGAACUUCAUAGAAUGGGUUUCCAUGGCCAAGCAGCUGCAUCCAAGCCUUACAUCACCAAGUGCAAUGCAAAGCAUUGGAUGCAGUGGUGUAACGCACACUGCCACUUGACUCUAGAGCAGUACUUGCCUGACUGCAUUGUGCCAAGUGUAGAGUUU